UAGACUGCGCAUGCGUGCCAGUGGCGUUAGCAGCGGACCGGCUGGCAGUUCCUUCCUUGGAAGGAGAGAUUCCUCUGCCAUGGAGUCCUACGAUGUGAUCGCCAACCAGCCUGUCGUGAUCGACAAUGGAUCCGGUGUGAUUAAAGCUGGUUUUGCUGGUGAUCAGAUCCCCAAAUACUGCUUUCCAAACUAUGUGGGCAGGCCCAAGCACGUUCGUGUUAUGGCAGGAGCCCUCGAAGGCGACAUCUUCAUUGGCCCCAAAGCUGAGGAGCAUCGAGGGCUGCUGUCCAUCCGCUACCCCAUGGAGCAUGGCAUUGUCAAGGACUGGAACGAUAUGGAGCGCAUAUGGCAAUAUGUCUAUUCUAAGGACCAGCUGCAGACUUUCUCAGAGGAGCAUCCUGUGCUCCUGACUGAGGCACCUUUAAACCCACGGAAAAACCGGGAACGAGCUGCCGAAGUUUUCUUUGAGACCUUCAAUGUGCCAGCUCUUUUCAUCUCCAUGCAAGCUGUGCUUAGCCUUUAUGCCACAGGCAGAACCACAGGUGUGGUGCUGGAUUCUGGGGAUGGCGUCACCCAUGCCGUGCCCAUUUACGAGGGCUUUGCCAUGCCCCACUCCAUCAUGCGCAUUGACAUCGCUGGCCGAGAUGUCUCUCGCUUUCUUCGCCUCUACCUGCGUAAGGAGGGCUAUGAUUUCCACUCAUCCUCCGAGUUUGAGAUCGUCAAGGCCAUAAAAGAAAGAGCCUGCUACCUAUCCAUAAACCCCCAGAAGGAUGAGACACUAGAGACAGAAAAGGCUCAGUACUACCUGCCUGAUGGAAGCACCAUUGAGAUUGGUCCUUCCCGAUUCCGGGCCCCUGAGCUGCUCUUCAGGCCAGACUUGAUUGGUGAGGAGAGCGAGGGCAUCCACGAGGUCCUAGUGUUUGCCAUCCAAAAGUCUGACAUGGACCUGCGGCGCACACUGUUCUCCAACAUUGUCCUCUCAGGAGGCUCCACCCUGUUCAAAGGUUUUGGUGACAGGCUACUGAGUGAAGUGAAGAAACUCGCUCCAAAAGACGUGAAGAUCAGGAUAUCUGCACCUCAGGAGAGACUAUAUUCCACAUGGAUUGGGGGCUCCAUCCUUGCCUCCCUGGACACCUUUAAGAAGAUGUGGGUCUCCAAGAAGGAAUAUGAGGAAGACGGUGCCCGAUCCAUCCACAGGAAAACCUUCUAAUGUUGGGACAUCAUCUUCACCUCUCUCUGAAGUUAACUCCACUUUAAAACUCGCUUUCUUAAGUCGGAGUAUUUGCGAGGAACUGCCUGUGUGUGUGAAUGUGUGCGCGGGUGAGAGUGUGUGUGCAUAUGUGAGUGCUGCAUGGCCCAGGGAUCCCUGGGCCGAGAAAGGACAAUGAACUACCCACGAUGGCGAUGGCCUGAGGCUUGGGGUUGACCACUAAGUAGCCCGUGACAGGGAAGAGCACCGGCCGAGGCCCCACUGCUUCCUCAGCUGGCCUUUGUCUGGCUGGGUGGGACUGUGUGUACUACCAUAGGGAGACCUUGCUGCUGUCCAUCCUGGGCUGGCCCAGCUCCACCCCCACCCCACCCCACCCCUACUCUCAACCCAGGGUGCCCUGUGGCCCAGGGCAGCUGCUGUCUCCCCUUGCUCGUCAUUCAGCUAUCAAUGCCUCUUGACCAUGGACUGAGGAUUGGGGCAGGGAUUGAGUUCUGUCUGGUUUUGUUGCAGUUUUGUUUUGGGAGGCUGGGAAAGCACUUCAGAAGUUGUUACAGAGACUCUGGGGUCAGGAGAGAGAAGGAUUCCCUCACAUUCACCUGGGGACCAGGAGUAGGAUCACACCGGGCAUUUGAGGAGGGCGAGAGUAGCACUACUUCUGAUUGGUUGCAGGGUUAAUGCUCCAAGCCAGCCCCCAUCCAGGGGGUCUUGGGAAAGUUUGAGGAGCCUGUUGGCCUCAGGUCCUGUUACUUGCUUUACAUCCAUCCUUGCUUCAACGCCAUCCUCGGUUUUAUUUAUUGAAGUAUUUGUUCAGUAAGGGGACUGGCGAGAGGGAGCUCCACACUUCCUGCCCACCAGUCACCCUGCUCACACUAAUGUUUACAGCACCUAAGCUUAGCAUAGCAUCCAGGGCCCCCACCACUCCCUGCUGAUGGUCAACUGACAGUAUCCAUAAGCCUCAGGACCUUCGGGAUUGGAGGCCACACUCAAAGCCAUUCCCACCAGCCUCUUUCUUUCUUCCUCUUCCAGUUGCUCAUGGCCCUGGAAUCAACAGGCUGGUUGCUGGUUGGAUUUUCUGAAACAGGAAACAGAAUCUCUCUUUGGCAGAGGCCACUAGCAAAGGAGGGGUAUUGGAGAUCCAGUCCCCUUAGGACUGGAGGAAGCUGCAAUGAACCAAGUUGCCUUUUGCCACUCUAGCUGUUCAGGGAGACUAGGUUGUAGAGGUGGGAAGGCUCCCAUAGGGCUGAGCUGGUGCCAUUCUUUAUUUUGGACCUGUUUGGUUAGGGAGAGAAGGGGCCAGACCAGAGUGCCAGGAGCUGAUGGGCUCAGGCCUUACACCUAGCAGUGGUCCAAAGGCCCUUCAGCCCAGAUGGUGCAAAGCUGGGGUAGCUUGUCUUCACUGGCACCCUCACCUGACACCAAGACCCACCCCAGUCCCAGAUUCCAGGCAGUAUUGUCCCCCAUGCCGUCCUAUGACCAAAGGCCCCUGCCAGAUGUGGGCCUCAGCAGCAGGUGUGUAUGAAAGCAGUGUGGCGACCCAUGGACUGCAGUGCGCUUAACCAGCUCACCUCCCUUCUCUUUGCCCAAGCCUGUCCCUCGCACAGCCUCGCACAAACCAAGUUGCCUGCUGGGGCCCAGUAUACUUAAAUAAAGUCGUUCCGAUAGUCA